CUCAAACUUGUUAUUUGGCAAAUACCUGCCCCUCUCAAGUAUUUGGCAAACAACACUUUUUGUGUUAUUCACUUAUUUGGUCUCAAACCUGUUAUUUGGCAAAACACUUACAUCCAAAUAACGCAUCCCACUUUUUGUCAGCCAAAUAUGUUAUUUGGGGUCAAAUAACACAAAAUCUAUUAUUUGACCUCAAAUAACACCCCAAAUACUCAAUCCAAACGACCCCUCAAUGUUACGAGAUAGUGUUGCUUUGGCCGAAGGCCUUGUUUAUCAACCCCAGGGGCCAGGAGGCAAGAACCAAACUUCGAAGAGAACAAAACUGGGCCACAGUAUUGGGCCGCUUGAUUGACCCAGAGAAAGAGAUGGGAAGGCCGAAGCCACUGGAUCGACCACGAAGAUGGGUUGGAAACAGGUUAUAGUUUUGACGAGAAAAAUACAAGAAAGCAUGAAGUCAGCCGGCCGGAAAAUGGGGAAGUCAAAGAAUACGUCGACGGCGGCAUUGCUCAUCCAACGCGGCUACUUGUCCGGCUAGCUGCCCAUGUCCGUCAACGAACACACAUCACUGUUGUUUCAAUCUAAAACACUCACCUCCCUUCCCUCCCCUGUUUCCAGCUGUCCUCCCCUUCUCUGCAAAUUCAGCCACGUCCAAUUCCCAUCCCUUCUUCAGUUCUUCUUCUUCUUCUCCUCCUCCUUCAUCGAUCCAUCUAUUUAUAAGUACUUACACUCUCUAAUACACAAAAAUCACAACAUUAUGGAAGGUGAACAGCAACAGCAGCAGAGGAAGAGCAGUUGUAAUAAGACUACUCGAGUCCUCCUCCUGCCAUGGCUAGCUCACGGCCACAUCUCCCCCUUCCUAGAACUCGGGAAACGCCUCGCCGCCCGCAACUUCAUCGUCUACUUGUGCUCAACGCCGGUCAAUCUUCACCCUUUAAAACCCGAACUCUCUUCAUCACCAAUCACACUGGUGGAGCUUCAUCUCCAAUCCUCCCCACAGCUCCCACCCCAUUACCACACCACCAACGGCCUUCCUUCUCACCUCAUGCCCUUACUCAAAUCCGCCUUCGACAACUCCACUUCAGCCUUCUCCACCAUCCUCGUCUCCGUCUCCCCAGACCUCGUCAUCUACGACUUCCUCCAGCCCUGGGCUCCCAGCCUCGCCGCUUCCCUUCUCCACAUCCCAUCCGUCGAAUUCAUCACCACCAGCGCCGCGCUGGCCGCCAUGGCUUCCCAUUUCUACAGAUUCAAUGCGGAGAGAAAGCCAAUCCCACUUUCUUCGAUUCGCCUCCGGGAACGAGACCAAGAAGCGUUCACCGAGUUGAUGGAAUCCGCCACUGCCGACGGGACGAUGGACAUAACCCGAUACGAGCGCUGCACCGAGCGAUCCUCUAAGAUAGUUCUCGUCAAGACUUUUCGAGAAAUUGAAGGCGAAUACCUCGACUAUUUGGACCAUCUCACCGGAAAGAAGUUCCUCCCCUUGGGUCCCUUGCUAGAUGAAACAGAGCAAGACGGGAAGAACAGAGACAGCAUCGUUGAAUGGCUUGACCAGAAACAGAGUAGCUCCGCCGUAUUCGUCUCAUUCGGUUCCGAAUUCUUCCCCUCCGGUGACCUAAUUCGGGAAAUUGCAUACGGAUUGGAGCUCAGCGGGGUUGAUUUCAUCUGGGUCGUCAGGUUUCCGUUGGGGGAGAAGGUGGAUUUGGCUGACGCUCUGCCGGAAGGGUUUUUCGAUAGGGUUGGAGGCAGGGGAAUGGUGGUUGAAGGAUGGGCGCCGCAGCCUGCGAUUCUCGCCCACCGGAGCGUGGGCGGGUUCGUGAGCCACUGCGGGUGGAGCUCCGUGAUGGAGAGCAUGUGGCAUGGAGUGCCGAUCGUCGCGGUGCCGAUGCAUUUGGAUCAGCCGGUGAAUGCGAGAGUGGUGGAAGAAAUCGGAGUUGGGGUGGAAGUGAAGAGAGACGGGAACGGAAUGCUCGAGAGAGGGGAAAUCGCAAAGGUGAUUAGGGAAGUGGUGAUGGAGGAAACUGGAGAGAAGGUGAGGAGGAAAGCGAAGGAGAUGAGUGAGGUGAUGCAGAGGAAAGGGGACGACGAGGUGGAUCGCGUUGCAGAGGAGCUGCUUGAGCUUUGUUUCGAUCGAUCUUGUUAGAACGGACAUGGCUGCUUAAUUACGUUUAGAAAUGGAAGUGGAUAAUAAUAAUGAUGGGCUAGU